GAAGCGGCCGAGUUCCGCACAGUUGGACCGUUCCCGGCUGGCGGAGCUCGGUGGAUAAGGGAUCGAGAGAUGGCGGACGCGGGCAGGAAGCGGGGGCCGACCAACUUCGCCGUGGCCUGCGGCCUCCUCAGUCAGUACAUCAAGGAGAAGGGCAGCGCUGCCGAUUUAGGGUUCGGGAUCGCCAGGGCGGCCCCCGAAGGCAAAUCGGAGUCGUUUCGUGUGCCGAUCACUAUGAAUUUGCUGCCAAGCGCAGACGUCUUAGGCGGAGAGGAGAGCGACAAGGAAAGUGAAGGGGAGGUUGUUUCCGAUGAGAACCCUAUGGGUCUCUUUUCCCAGCGUUCCGGCUUCCUCGCCUCAGCGUCGGACGAUUCCAGGGUGACAAAACAAUCACAGCUUACAAUCUUUUAUGGAGGAAAGGUGCUGGUGUUCAACAAUUUCCCAGCUGAGAAAGUUAAGGAUCUGAUGCAGCUAGCAAGCUUGGGUAACUCUGAUCAAAACUCAAACUUGGUUCGCAAAGCUGCUACUGAUCCUGUGCUUCCCCAACUCAAUCUGUCAAAACCAGCACAACCUAAUCUCUCUGAUCUUCCUAUUGCUAGAAAAGCUUCGCUCACACGAUUUCUCGAGAAGAGAAAAGAUCGGAUCAGUGCAAGAGCACCAUACCGAAUUACUACUCCAUCACCUCAAGUGGCUACUCCUAUGAACCAAGAGGACUUCAAAUCAUGGCUCGGCUUGGGUCGUCACUUUAUCGCGCCUGGUCUGAGUCUAAACUCUGAGUAUAGCAGAUAAAAUUGUUUGAAAGCCGGAUGCUGAUGCUUCUUCCUUAGAAACAAUUUUACACGAAAACUUAGAUUGCUUCUUUUUUUUGGAGGAAAUUGUCUUCCUUCUGUCAGAAGUCAUAUUGAUGUUUUCGCUGAUGUUUUAAGUUGCAGUACUUGCUGCAACAUAGAAAUCAAAAAGCAUGAGGUUAAAUGCUUGAUUUCUGGGAUCUUAUUGACAAAAUAUUUGUUUUCUAAAUAUACAAAGCAUUCUUCUAACCUUCUGAACAAACAAUAAGAUUUCUCA